AUCUCGUUCCCGACUAGUCGUUGCCUUACGGAUAUAUAACCACCACCCCACCGAAACCACCGGGCUACCAGCUCUCACCUGCUGCUAUGUGCAAAGGACUAGCAUCACUGCCUAACUCCUGCUUGGAAAGGGCAAAGGAACUCAAAGCAAGGCUGGGGAGCAUUUUGCAGAGACCUGAUUGGAGUUUACCUUGCUGCAAAAUAGGGAAAAAUAGACCAACCCCAGAGGAAUGCCUGAGGUGGAAAGAGUCUUUCGAAAAACUCCUGUCAAGUAAAUAUGGAUUAUGUGCCUUCACAGCUUUCCUGGUGUCUGAGUUCAGCGAGGAAAACAUCGCUUUCUACUUUGCCUGUGAGGAAUACCGAGGUAUCAAGUCUGCCUCCAAGCUGCCUGCUAAAGCCCAGAAGAUCUAUGACGAAUUCAUCAGCAGCGAGGCGCCCCGAGAGGUCAACAUUGACCACGAAACUCGUGACAUCACCAAAGCCAACAUGCUGGCCCCCUCAACCUCCUGUUUUGACCUUGCCCAGCACAGAAUCUACAUGCUGAUGGCCAAAGACUGCUAUCCUCGCUUCCUACGCUCCCCGGCAUACAGGGAUCUAGUCUGCCAAGCCAGUGCUAAGUCCACCAAGCAGCCACAGCAGGAGAAGAAGGCGUGAAAUCUCUGAGUAGGAUGAUGGGGGAUUGUUUGUGGUCGCCUCAAGGGUUGAGAAGGCAAGAAAAAGGCAUUGCGUGAAGUGCUGCAUCAUGAAGCCGGACCCAGGCGCAGCCCGAGAGCGCAUCAAGAUGGCAGCGGGCGGUGUAUGGGAGUGUGGUGCAGAGGCCAUCUCCUUUGAGAGAAGGAGGAAGAGAUGGAGAAAUAGAGUAUAACUCAAAGCAGGAGAGUGGGAUAGAGAUGCCUUAAGUGGACAGCUGUGAAAAUGCUGAUGGAGCUUUGAUAGAAACAGAAGCAAAGUCUUUUGUAAAAGUGUGACAGAACAGGCUAAGUGACAAUCAAGCAAAAUGGCAGGAGAAGUGAGGAAAGGUCUUUUCUCGGCCAUUAAUCAAACUGUUGUGGUUGUGAUGUGCAAUAUUUCUCUGUCGAUGUUUUACACUGUUUGUGAACAGGCUACUGUCUGAAUAUUUAUUGUAUUUAUUUGUCCACGUCUGCUGUGUAUUUUUAAUGCAUUUUUUACAAGAGAAAGAAGAAAAAUGUGCAAUAUAUUGUCAUAUUUAUAUCCCUGUUUUUUUUA